UAAGGUAGUACAGUAGCCCCCUGAAUGCUGCGGAAGAGCAUGCGUAGAAAGAUUGCAACCCAACAUGAAUCACAUCGCCGUCCAACAUUUGGAGCGAACAACAACGCAACGUUAUCAUCAGUUUUUGACUCGGCAUUCCACUGGCAUCUGUUGGAAAAUUUGCCCAUCACUUGUCCACAGGUAUGAAGAGGCCUCGGAGUCCAACCCAGUUGCUGCAGAAAAGCAGUGGCGGCGGCCAUGGUGGAGGCGUGUGCUUGCCCUUCAACCUGUGUGGCGAGCUGCUACAGGAGCCCGAAGAAGGACACCCAGAUGGCCCUCAGCAGAAGAAAAGGCUGCUCUACUCCCUCUGCGAGGUGUGCAACCUCCAGCUCAACUCAGCCGCCCAGGCCCAGGUCCACUACAACGGCCGUUCCCACCUGCGCAGGGUCAAGCAGCUCAACAAUGGAGAGCUCCCCCCGAGCACAGGCAGCGGCACCAAUCCAGCACCGGCCGGCACUCUCACCUGCUCCAGCACAGGAAGUGCCUUCCAUAGCAGCUGUCUCCCGGCGUUGGUGCGGACCCCUCCUGUUAUGAUGCAGUCCACUCUGGAUAUGAAGUCCUUCAUGUCCUUCCCGGUGGACACCACAUCAGCAGUGGGACUCUUCCCCAACUUCAACACAAUGGACCCUGUGCAGAAGGCCGUAAUUAAUCACACAUUUGGAGUCUCCAUCGCGCCGAAGAGAAAGCAAGUUAUUUCCUGCAACAUCUGCCAACUGCGCUUUAACUCAGAUAGCCAAGCCGAUGCGCACUACAAAGGCAGCAAACAUGCCAAGAAGCUCAAAGUGCAAGAGACGCCUAAACAUAAGACCCUGAAAAACAACAGCACACCCAGCCAGGACAGAGGAAAGAGAUUCAUGUCCUCCACCACCUCCUCUUCCUCCUCCAGUAUCGCUGUCACUGCCUGCAGCUCUGAACAACCAGUUAAAAUAGGGUUACAUCCAAACAAUCUCUACCCCAUGGCGUCUUCAAAAUCGUUUUUCCCAGCUGCUGGCCUGGCAUUAGCGCCCUCAUCUAUCCUGUGUAAACCUCUGUGUGAGCCCACACCUGCCAGUCCGGCCCCAGAGAUGUCAAAGCCCACCCUCACUAAACCAACCCCAGUGCCUGCUGUGCCUGCUGUGCCUGCUGCCCCCGCCCCGUGCAAGCACUCCGACGAAUCAGAGGAGGAGAAGGCCAAGAAGCUUCUCUACUGUUCGUUAUGUAAAGUGGCCGUCAACUCCCUCUCCCAGCUUGACGCCCACAACACAGGUUCCAAGCACAAAACGAUGCUGGAGGCGAGGGAUGGAGCAGGGCCCAUCAAAGCCUAUCCCAGGCCAGGGGCUAAGCUCAAGGUCCAGGCCACCAUCACAAAAGGCUCUGGCCUGCAGAAUAAGAUGUUUCACUGCGAAAUCUGUGAUGUCCACGUCAACUCAGAAAUCCAGCUCAAACAGCACAUUUCCAGUCGGAGGCACAAAGACCGAGUGGCCGGGAAACCCUUGAAGCCCAAAUACAGUCCUUACAGCAAGCAGCAACACAGCACCGCCACACUAGAAGCUAAACUGGCAUUCCAGAAGGACCUUCUGAAGCCCCUGUCUCAGGCUUUCCUCUCCAGACCGUUCAUCCCCACCACAAUACCCUCCAUCUCCCUCCACCCGCGGCCCAACACCUCCAUCUUCCAGAAAGCCGCCCUCCCGACCUCUUUCCUGCGAGCGGCUCCUGGCCCUAUCCGGCCAACAGGAGGGUCCAUCCUCUUCGCCCCAUACUGACCCCUCAUCCUGAGCACCAAGGGAGGUCCAGCUUCGUGUGUACAGUGUCCAUAUUAUGACAGCCUCAGAGUCACAAGUAGUUGGUGUCAAACUGUUCCUCAGAGAGCUCUGAGAUGUGUAUGAGAGGUGUUACCAUGGCAAUGUUCACACUGGUGCAGUCAGAAUUACGGCGCUUGACCCGACAACAUGUUUCUCCUAAACAUGCUGAACCUUAACUGAGGGGAGCAUUGAACUGUCUACACCCUGAUUGACUUGAAUUACCGCGGUUUCUCGACACAAUGUAAGGACAACACCAGUCAUGUGUACGUGACCUAUUAGGACAGCCUCAGUGUCAGGACUUCUUUCAAUCUCACCUUACACAUGAUCGGUGUGAAUUUGUGGUAGUGCUGGACAGCAGAGGAAGUGCUGUGUUGUUUUAGACCGAUGAUGGGGGCUAGCUUGUCUCCAGUGUUUGUAUGGUGGAGAAAGCUAUGGGAUACAGUGCCAUGAUUGACCUCAAAUCAGGCUUUUUUCUAACUCUUGUGGGCUGAACAACUGACACCAGCUGCGAUUAACUCUUUCAAAAUCACAAUAAACAUCCCUGCAAAAUCUGGGAUGUUUUCCUUCGGUCCUUCAAUUUCAGUGUUAUUAUAAGAUAAACAACUGUUUGUUUUUCCAAAGACAAAAUGGAGAAUUGCACAUUAACGCUGACCUGCCUGUUGUCUGGCAGGGACGUCAUGGGCAUUUGAUUUCUAUGUGAUGUCAACGUUUUUGUCAGGGCACUGUAUUGUGACCCCUUAAUGCAAUAAUGUACAGAGUUUAAGAUACGUGUACAGUAUAUACAAAACUGUGUUAGGUAGUAUUGUAACAGAGUACUAGAAAUAGAGUUUAUGCACACGUGGUUUGGAGAGUUUGGAAAAUACUGCUUUAAACUUUUUUUUUAAUCAAGAAACGAGAUAUGAAUGUUAUAGUUGUGCUCCUUUAAGUACGGAAUUGUGAGCUUAGGAUCAAAAUUGAAAAACUGCCAUCUCUGGAUGAUACAGUGAUGUCCUUUGCUAUGCAAGAAGUUGAUAACUAUUGUCACUACAUUUUAAGCAAUAUUGUGUACGGUUUUAACCGCGGCAACAACAGCAAGAUUUAACCUCUAUGGUGUUAAUAUUGCGACACCCUCAUUCUCAGCAGGACUUGUUUCAAUCUUAGCAGGACUUAGGCUGUCCUAAUAUAGACACCGUCAGAAUUGAUUACAAUAGAAGGUGGCUAGAUGUUUCUCCACAGGAAUUCUUUGAAGGUAUGCCUUCAGAAAGUAUUCACACCCAUUGACUAUUUCCACAUUUUGUUGUGUUAGAAAAGGGGCUUAAAUUAAUUGUCAUUUUUGAUAAUGAUCUACACAAAAUGUAAUGUGAAAGUGGAUAUCUUUUUUGAACAUUUGUAAAAACUAUUCAUGAAAAAUAAAACACUAAUAUAUCUUGAUUAGAUACAGUUGAAGUUGGCAGUGUACAUACAUCUUAGCCAAAUACAUUUCAACUCCGUUUUUCACAAUUCUUGACA